GUGAUAGUGUGCGUUUGUGCGCAAAUUUCACAAUCGUCACUAACAUUCUAUUGUGUAAUUCUCAAGAAUUACAAGGCGCGGAAGGUGGUUUACUCGAAGAAUUCAGUGAACAGUGAGAGUGGAAUACAAAACAGCUGUGUACGGUAGCUCGACAAUGACCUUGAGCAGCCUUGAAGGUCACUCGGUCUGCAGAGGUGGCUAGUGAUAGUGAUAGUGAGGUCAUCGUUUGUGAUAGUGACGUAGCAAGAGUCAGCCAUGGGAAAGAGCAGCAGCAAACUCAAAAAGAAGGAUCGGACUCAAAGUAUCGCAUGGAGUUUCCGCUUCCCAUCGCUGAUAUCGCUGUCUCGUCGCAAGAUGCCGGUGACUGGGCCUCACCUAGACAUUGUCCAAUGGCUGACCAUCCUGGACCUCACCCAGUACAGCCACCAAUUUGAGAGGUUCAGCGGCGUCGAGGAGCUCCUGAGAUUCUCCGAGGCAGACAUCAAGGAUCUGGGAGUCAAGAACUCUUCCCACAGAGCUAGGAUGGUCUCCAGUCUUGUGGCUCUCAGAACCAAAUAUGAGAAAGGGACCCGCAAGAAAGACAAGCCUGAACGGCACAGCGUCGCCGUGGACACGGGGAGACUUGUGAACCAAGGAGGAGAGUCUGACAUUUUGGUGGUCAGCAACGUCAUUCAGAGCAAAAGCUUAUGCAACAUCAUAAUGGAGGCGACGCCAGACCCCACAGCAGAUCCGGUGCAGCUCAAGAAGGCCUUGGAGUGGGAGCUGUCUCUAGACACACGAGAUUUGCGAUCACACGCUUGGUAUCACGGAGCCAUCCCUCGCACACGUGCCGACGAGAUUCUGCAGGAAAACGGAGACUUUCUGGUGCGAGACUGUACGUCCCAGCCGGGCAACUAUGUGUUGAGUUGCCGCAGUAAAGGACAGGGUCUGCACUUUGUUAUCAACAAGGUUGUGAUUCAGCCAGACACAGUUUACGAGCGUGUGCAAUACCAGUUUGAAGAUGAUGCGUUUGACACUGUACCUGACCUCAUCACCUACUACGUGGGUAGCGGAAAGCCUAUCUCUACUGCCUCUGGUGCUCGUAUUACAGCGCCUCGCAACCGACUCUAUCCCCUCUCCUUCUACGCCACCAAAUACGCUCUUCAUCACCAGAUGGGCGGAGGGACUCCAGCAAUAUCACCUAUCGCCUCCUCUCCUCUAGCUUCCGGUGGAACGUUGCGCUUCAACACCUACAACAGUUACCGGAGUCCUGUCCAUUCACCUCCUCGAACAAAACGUGAAAUACCUCCUAGAUUACCCAGCAAAAAACAAAGAAGUCAUUCGCUGACCCCUUCAGAAAUGAAUGGAAGAGGACUUUCCUUGAGUACUCACGGAUCAAUUGACGAGAGGAGCAAUAGUGCAGACGGAGUUAUUUUAGACUCUCCGAUGACCAGGUCUUGUCAAGAACCUUCUACUAAUGGCAAGUUUUCUACACAUUCCUUACCUAGGGCAGCCGGGCUGAAUUCCUCAAAGACCUCAGUUAUAACUCCCGGAACUGCGACUGUACCAAGAAAUUCUAAAAUCGUCAGAGUUACCAGUGAUCCCGCUCUAAGUCCUUGUUUAGAAAGGAGAAGGUUUGAGUGUCCUGAUUCCAAACACGAAGACGGAUCAGAAAGCCAUCCUCCUCCAAAACCAAGUAGACUUCCAUCAGUUUUAAGGUCUGAAAGCAAUCCUCUCGAUUGUGAUAUCGAUGAUACGAGGCAAAGCACAACAACCCUCACAGAUAUUCCUUAUCCCAUCAAUAGUCAUGGAACAUUCCAAAGAGUGGUGUCAUACCACGCUUCUGGCAGUGACUCUGGAAACGGAUCCGGAGAUUCGGCUCAAAGCUCGGCUGCCGGAGACGCUUCAGAAUCCACCACCCCUUGCUCGACGCUUCCGCAGAGGCCAAGCGGAGUUGUAAUCAAAAACCCAAGAUAUAUCCACUCUCAAGGUUUAACUUCUUCCUGUUCCUCAACAACUCUAAAAGCCUUUGAGUACGACUCGGCUGUAGAAGAUUCCCUGGCCUUGGAGGCAGUUAAUGUAGAGUUUCCGACGUUUUUCGAUCUUGAAAACUUCCAAACACUUCUUCUUCCUACAUCUGAGAACAAACCGCUGGAUGCGACUGCACUGCAGGGUAUCAGAAUGAUGUUGCAGGAGACAGGAUCUCGUAUCCUUGCUAACCAUCUGACCAGGAUGGACCUUGAGUUGACUGUGGGUUCAGACUCUUGUAGACCCUGGGAGGGUGAGACAGGUGUCGGAGUCAAAUCUGGAAUAGAAAUGGCUGCGUUGCCCAUUGGCAGUCAGAUACGACUAGACAUCAUUGAAAGGACACAGUGUCUGAAGCUGCUAGUGGCUGUGACAAUCCUCACUUGCUCGACGGAGGGAGAAAGAGCCGAGACACUCAACAAGUGGAUACAAGUGGCUGUGGAUACCAAGACUGCGCUCGGAAACUUGUUCGGCUUCGCCAGCAUCAUGCUCGGCCUGUGUAUGCCCCAGAUACAAAGGCUGACAGUAACUUGGCACGUACUGCGGCAGAAAUUCACAGAUUCAGCGUUCAACUUUGAGGCCAAACUCCGGCCAACGUUAAAGAGCAUGAACGAGUGUACCAACCCUCAAGCCCCAAACACCACAAUUCCCCAUCUUCUCCCAUGCGUUUUGCUGCAGGAGAGAAGUUUAGAAGACAUAAUGGGUCAAAGCAGCAAGCCCAUCACUAGUUUGGAGACGAGCAUUUUGAGUUCCUGGGAGUCUUCAACAUCGGACUUUGGCCUCGGGACUUUAUUUGCUCAUCUAGAACUGUCUCGGAAGUUCGGUGACUCUUUGCCCUCCUUUAGACGAAAUGCUGAGAUAGUCUUAGGAGACUCAAAGGUGGACGAUUUACUCCUAGACAUGUUCCGGACGGAGUUCCACCUCAAGUUCCUGUGGGGAUCGCGCGGUGCGACGGUGGCAGCGGCUGAUCGACACUCCAAGUUUGAGCAAGUUCUCAGCGUCAUGAGUGAGAAGUGUGAACCGUCUGUCGAUCAGGUUUCAUCACAACCUGCGCCAGCGUACAGUCCUGCCAUCGGCACAAGCGUCUAAACCAACCUGCAAAUUCUUGACAGUCCGAAAAAUCAUCAAAAAUUAUUUUCACAAUGUAAAUGAACUCAUGUAAGCCUCUGUUCUAAAAUCCUAAAGUACUAAAAUUUGUAUAUAAAAAAAAAUUCUUUUAUUUGUUAGACAUCAGUAUCUAUAGCCUACCUCCUAAGAUAUUAAAAAUUUACAACCAUUUUCAGCGGGUGUAACAAGAUCAAAUUUAUUCAAUAUGACGAUUGCUGAUAAAAACCAUUUAUCCAUUUAUAUGUUCCAAAACUCAGAAUUAUCCACCAAGGAAAUAUUUAUUCUCUUUUGUUUGUAUUUAGUCUUUAUUGUAGGGAAAAUACAAGCAAAAUCAGGUGUGAUUAUUUGUUGGUAUUUCUGUAUUCUGUUUUAUUUAUUUCAGCUUAACUUAACCAAUCAAUAGUUUUAUUAAUGCUUAUGAAGUUAAACGGGCUGAAGCCCGUGGGUAACAGCUAGUUUAAAUAUAUAUAUUCCAAAUCCAAAUACAAAUUGCCCACUAAUUUGCUGCAAGAUUAUUUACAAAUAGUUUUUGAAGUGUCGGACUGUCAAGAUUCUAUUCUAGAUCAUUCUUAGAUGGUGCUAUCAUAAUGGUUGUUAACAUUUUUGUAAACCUUGGUGGAAAUGAAAGGUACUAAAAUGUGCAUUUUAAAAGCUGAACUCCAAAAAUAAUAAAUUUAUAGUUUUAAAUAUUUUUUUAAGGAUUUAAUUUCCUCUAAAGGUAAUUAAUAUAGUCCUAUAAAGGCACAAUACUAAUGACUUUUCAACCAAUGUCUACGAAGAACAUGUCUUAAAUAAAAAGUAGAAUUUAUUGAAUAUCUAAAAUAAUAAUUAUUUAUACAUCAAAAAACUUUGAACCAUAGGUAAGUUUAUAAAAAUCAUUACAAAAUUAAAAUGUGUUAUCAUGAUCACCAAUUCGAAAAAUUGCUAGUUAAGAUUAUUUAAGUAAUCCCUUUUUAAAGCUUUUGAUUUUCAUAGAAAGCAUAUUGCAGUUUUUUGUUGAAAUUGAGUAUUAUAUUUAGUUACCUUUUGCAGAAUAGUUAUUUGAGCUUUAUUUUUAUUUUUAAUUAUAUUUUUAUACGUGCGGUUGACUCUCUGAAAUCUGGACUUGAGUGAUAGAAGGUUGAUCCAAAUUUUUAAAAAUCAGCUUAUUCAGGAAUCAAGUUAAAGCUUUGUUUUUAGAGCGGCAUUUAGUAAGAUACUAUUUUUGCCCCAUUGUACUGAAAAGGUAUUACAGUAGUUGAACAUUUGCUCAACAAUUUUUGAUUCAGUAAAUUUUAGUACUGUAAUAAAUAUGAUGGACUACUAUAACCUCAAAUCACAAAAAAAAAAUCAGAAAUCAAAAGUGCCCAACCCACAAAAAUCAACUUUCAGAUUUUUUACUUUAAUAAACUUGCAAAUUAAAUAUUCCAUUUCAUCAGUCCAGAUUUUCUGAGAACGGAUUUUGGGGAGUCUAUCGUAUUUAAUUUUUGUGAUAUGUUAGAUUUAAUUAGUUUAUGUUUUAGAAGCAAUGUAAUUUAUUGAAUGUUUUAAACACUAUUUUCUCAUUUUAAUUUUUGACCAACAGUAUACUUCCUUUCAUGUUUUUCACUGGUAAUGAAUUGGAAAAGACAAUUUCAAUGUAUCAAAAUGUAACAAGACUGACCUUUGAACAGGAUAGUGGCAUGGAAAACCAGUUGUAUGUAGAAUAGAUGUACAUUCCCGAUUGUAAAAUAUGUAUAAAUACCGUGAGACGUGUAAAUAAAAGUGAAUCACUCGAUGUACUUAAUAUUGAACAGCAUUAUUAUUUAACUGUAGGACUUGUGAAACAUUCAGAGCAUUUCUAAACCUAAUAUAUUAACCAUUAAACUGUAGUUUUGUAGUUAAAGAGGACGGGAGAGACUGAAGUUUAUUGUAGAAUGUUUGCAAAACUGUGAUUAUGUUUGUUGUUAUAUUUGCAAUUUUGUAUGUUUUCGAUAGGAAUAUUUUCCUACUUUCUCAAAAUAUAUGUAUACUGUAUGAGUUGUUCAAGAUGUUUAGAUGGUUUUAAAUUUUGGCACAAAAAUAUGCUCAGAAGCAGUUUUGAAUGUUUUAUUAUUGUUUUUACUUCAAACUCUAUUUUUCAUAGUACCGUACUUCUAUGAUGCUUUUAUCAAGAGUAGUUGUAAAACUCAAAAUUCUAGUUAGGUACUAAUAUUGAUAACAAUAAGGAUCAUAAGUCCAGUCAAACACGCUAUUAUUUGUGUAACGUUUUAUUUAACUGUUUUUGUUUAGCAAAAACCUUAUGACCUCAGUCAUUUUUGGCGGGUCAACGUUAUAUAAGGUUAUAUAAUGGGUACAAGGGAAACAAUUUUAAAAACUAGCAGAUACGGCCAUCAUUUGAUCUUGAUCACUAGUUGAUGAAGUUUUAUUAAAAAACUCAAAACAUUACUGUCAUCAAGUGUUUAAUUAUGGGAGUGGUUAUGUUUGUGACAUGGAAACUGUUUUUAGCAAUUAAUGAUCCUUAUGACUCUUACAUUGAAUGUUUUAAUACAGAAUAGAUUACGUUUAGAAUUUCAGUGACUACAGGUUACUUUAAACUAUUACCAGUUGGUUUACCUAUGAUUUGCAAUGGAAAGGGGAUGUGAAAGAGAAUGUGGUGCUUAAUAAAUCCACUGUAGAAAACAAUAACACAACCAUCCAUACGAUAGAAAAUAAAUGGUAUAAGCAAAGUGACAUAUACUUUCUCCCAUUAGCUUGCCUAAAACCCUUACAUUAUCAAGUGGUGGGAGUAAACAAUGGUAUUGUAGAGGUGAAAUCACAAAGGUUGCAAUAAACUUUUAUCCAUCAUUUUUCAGUAUUGGGGGUUGUACUAUGUUGUAGGUUGUAGUGAGUUACAAGACCUGAAAAUUCUAAAUAUUAAACAAAAUCGGUCAAGCCGUCAUUUUAAAAAUCCAAUUUUUCCGUCUUUUUACAAGUUUUUAUGGUCAAAUAAAUUGCAAUACGGUAACUUUUUCAUGUAGAACAAAUGGAUACACGGAAACAACAAGUUUGCCAUAGAUUAAUCAUGUCAUAGAUAAAAGGAGUAUAAUCAUGCUUUGUCAAUUUUUCAGAUUCCCAUAUCUUAAUAUCAUGUUCUCGUUCUUCCAUAGAUGUAAGUCGCUCAGUCGGGGAACAAUUUGCAUAUUUUUGUGCCAGUAGCGUAGUUAGCUCGCACGUUGACGUGUUAUGGGUGUCCAGUAUUUUAACGUGUACCUUUAUAACUAAGCUAUAUCUGUAUUAUGUUCAGACCCCCAUCGCAAUACUGCUUUAAAAUACAAUACUGUAUGUGUAAUCACUGCCAAAUUUGUAUGGAUUUGGCUUUACAGUUUUAUACUCUAACCCCUGAUAAAGAAAAAAUCUAAUACAAAUUUUAAAAUAUUUUAUAUUUAUUUGUAGAAAAAUGUAAAGAGUUUAAUUUAAAAGGACAAUAAUGGUUUGUCAAGAACUUGAAUUAUAUUAAUUACCUCUUUUUUGCCUGCGCUCUUGAGCUAGUAGUUCCUAUUGCAUACAAACUAAUAGCUCAAGAACAUAGGCAACAAAAUUAAUUGUGAGCAAAUUAUUAAAAAAAGUACAAAGAUAAAAUAAAAAUAAUUUUACCAAACAUUUAAAUAUGAAUUUAAACUCUGUGGUACCGUAGUUAAAAUUCAAUUUUUUUUUAAACGAGGAAUGUAGUUCAGACAAACUCUUGAUUAUAAAGUAAAACUUUAUACAACAAACUAAACUGUAGACAAACAUUAACCCUACCUAGAAUUAACAAGUUCACUGCCGCUUUGAGUGACUUAACCAGUGACAAACAUCAACUGAAUAAACAGAAACAUACAACAGUC